AUGGACCUGUCCGAUAUUCCGUUCAACACGCCGAUCAUCAUGCAAUCCCUUCACACGCAGAAGAAUUUGCAGAACCCUCCCGGAUCCAAGAUAGCCCGUUGCGUGACCGACAAUCGGGACAUGUACGAGCACGUCAUCUUGCACCGCGUGCGCGACGAUAAGGUCGCUAUCCAGUCCCGACGCAACGUUCACUUCCUGCGAGUUCGCCCGUCUGGAAUAUGUAUGUUUGUCCUUACGGAAAUUGCUUACUGGGAUCUCUUUACCAUGGAGACUAACGCAGAGUGCUCUCUUCACAUUGUGUCGCACUACACGGGAAAGGUCCUCCAGUGCGCCGACAAUGGCGUCGUCGAGUGUGCCAAGCACAAUGGUGGGGAUAGGGUAGCGUGGAGGAUUGUCGAGCCCCGCACCAGUGCUACCAUCACUCCUAUUCAGGAGCAUGCAUUGAACUCGCGCUACGCCUUAGUCGAUAAGGAUCGCCAAAACUUUGUCAUGGAGCUGACGAAGAAUGGUAAAACACCGGACGAGAUCGAGCAGAUCGUGACGAGACUGUUUGACGGCCCAGCUGAUGUUUCUGCUUCCAGCUCGACAGCAGCCGUGCCGGCUGCAAAGAAGUAG